AUUGGUCCUCAAAUUUAGCUAUAUGUGCAUUUCCCACCUAAACCCAACCCCCAAAAUUAGUAGUAGUAGCCAUUUUCCCCUUCCAUUUUGUAUUUUCUCCUUUCCCUCUCCCUCACAAUAUAUUCACACAGUUUAAUUAAAAGUAUCAACACUGAUGUAGCAACGAAGAAAAAGAAUUGGGAAAAUGUCUAGGGAAAGAGGUGAAGUGAUUUACAAGAUUUACAGAGCCCUAACUUAUGGCCUAUCGCCGUUGAUUCAUCUUCAUCUACGGUGGCGCAAAUUCCGAGGCCUCGAACAUCCUCUUCGCUGGCGCGAGCGUCUCGGAAUUCCUUCUCAGCCUCGGCCACGUGGCACUCUCUUCUGGUUCCACGCUGUCUCCCUUGGUGAAGGACUGUGCGCGAUUCCCGUGAUCAAAUGCUGUGUAGAAAGGAGGCCUGAUGUAACUGUUUUGAUGACGACAACCACCACAUCGGCAUUCGAGGUAAUAAAGCACCAGCUUCCAAAAAAUGUCAUUUAUCAGUUUUCUCCAGUUGACACUCCUGCCGCCAUUGACAGUUUCCUUCGUUAUUGGAAACCUAGUGCGAUCAUGUUGAUAGAAAGUGAGCUCUGGCCAAACCUGAUUAUAGGCGCUGCAAAAAAUAGGAUUGCACUUGCAUUGCUUAAUGCUCGAAUAUCUGCAAAAUCUUAUGACAGUUGGUCUCAGCCAUUUAUUAUUCCUCUGACAUCGUUAAUGCUCUCUAAAUUCUUGCUGAUUCUUCCACUGAGCACUACCCAGGCAAUUCGCUUGCAACUGCUGCAGUGUCCACCCUUCAUCAUAAAUUUUUGUGGUGACCUAAAGUAUGCUGUAGGGAACAUUGACACAGAUGAAGGGGAUCAGAGAGCUCUGAAAGAGUUGCAGCUACAACUUACGAACAGAAAAGUUUGGAUGGCAUCUUCUAUUCAUAAGGGUGAAGAAAAAGUCAUGUUGGGAGUACACAAUGCACUAAAGCAAAUACAUCCGGAUAUCAUUACCAUCAUUGUGCCUCGGCAUCCUCAGCAUGGAGAACAAAUUGCUUUGGAAUUGGAGAAAGAUGGAGUAAGGGUAGCAUUACGAUCGCGUCAUGAUAAGCUCAUGCCAGGGACAAACAUAUAUGUGGUUGACACAUUAGGAGAAUUACAACAGUUUUACAGACUAACACCAAUAGCUGUGAUUGGAGGUUCAUUUCUACCAGGUUCAGCUGGUCAUAAUAUUUCAGAAGCCGCUGCAGCAGGCUGUGCAAUUUUGACUGGUCCUUAUAUCGGGCAUUUCUCUCAUAUGGCAACAGAGAUGCAACGGUUGAAUCCUUUGUCAGUAUUACAGGUUUCUGGACACAUUCUUGUCAAAGCUCUCAGCAACCUUCUCAGUGAUGUAAAACUUUUGGAAGCACGUCAAGAAGCUGCUAAACAAGCUUAUCAUGCUCUGUCUUGUGGGAUUACUGAAAACGUUUGGAGCCUUCUAGACUUCCACGUUUUUCGGAUUGCACUGGCAAACCAAGGUUUGAUGCUGUGAACCCCUUUCAUCAGCUCAUCCUAUCCAUGAUUGGACUAUGUCAUGCUAAAAAAAGGCCUUCAGUCUUCACGGUUCCUACAUCAAAAUCAGGGUAUCUUGAACAGGGAAGAAAAUCUCAUGUAAAGAACAUAAAUAAUGUUUCCUCCUUUUCCUGGAUACCAGUUUCUGUUUUGUUAAUUUUCAUUAAUGUGAUGAGAAAUGUCUCGGCUCAAUGGAUGCUAGACUAAGCCAUAGAAUACCUCAUUGGAUAUCUGGUUGUCACCUAUAUAUCAGGUUCUCUCCUUCUCUCCUGUUAAUUUUCAUUAAUGCGAUGACUGAUGAAAAAUGCCCUCAGCUCAUUGCAUGCUAGACUCGGUCAUGCAAUACCUCAUUAGAUAUCUGGUCGUCCUCUUUUAACUCCUCAGCUGUAAGCUUGUUUGCCUGAGAUUUCUGCAGGGGCUACUGUAAUGCAAUUUUUGUAUCUUCUUUUUAUUUGACCGAUAGUACUUCAUCUCCUGCUUUGCAGCACAAUUGUCCAUAUUCCAUUUGUUGUUUAGCUGUACGCGUUUGUUCAAGACUAACCCCUAUAAAAGACAAACUUCAUCCCAAGUCCAUGAAGUGUGUUUUCUUGCGAUACUUCCAUCUCAAAAAAGCUACAAAUAUUGUGAUCCUGCUACAAAAAGAUAUUUUAUAUCAGAUGUAACCUUUUCUAGGCUUCUCGACGUUUUUCACCUAACUCCCUCAACCAAACAUCAAUUCCCAUGGUUGUCCCACUUCAAUGCUUCCUACCCUAAUGCAUUGUCCUCCUUUUGGUGCAAGCUUCCAACAUGGUCUAGUAUUGUGAAGUGUGUGCAAACACGUUCAUGACCAAUGCCUAACUUUCCACACACAUUAGCAUGUAAGAGUUCAGAGUUUGGCACGUGUGCAUGCACUAAGGAUCUGAGGCAUUACACAUUUGCAUGGCAGUAAAUUAAAGGGCGAUUUGAAUUUCCCUCAGCUUCUUUUGAAAGUUCGCGGCAGUUAAAUAUAUUUUUUUGCUUUCUCAGAUUGUCCUUAGUGAGAUUUGCCUCCCAAGAUGCUUUAUAAGCAAAGAGCAGUCUUAAGAGGACAAGGGUUUUUCAGGGGAGGCCUCGAAAGGAAGUGUAUCACAAGUAUCAGUUAAUGCAUGUAGGAGGAGCAGCAGAAACUCUUCCCCUGUGAGAUUGCUCAAAGCUUGAAAUGAAGAACAUGAUAAUCUGAAUGACGUACAUUUGCACUUCUGUGGAUUGAACGAGAAUUUCAUGGCUGCUAUGACCAGUACUUACAAAUCUCUUGCAUCUCUGGGCUAAUUUGCUGAUUAAAAUUGUCUACACGUUACAUGGUUUCUCCACUACUGCCUACAGUUUGUUCCUUAACAAGCAUGUUUCUGCCACGUGCAGCUUUCUCCUUUCUGAGCUUCACAAUGUUGCUGACCUGAAAUUGUUUCAGCUUUUAUUGGGUUUCAUAUAAGCAACUUUCAUCAGAGCUCUAUUCUGGGGAUCACUGCCUAGAAUGUUGAUGGUGGUUUUUUUGUUUUUUUGGCAAUUAACUGUCAAAACUUUAUUAAUUACCAAGUACUUCGUUACAUAUCCAGAGCAAACUACCAAUCUGCUCAUCUAAUCAGCAUCCUACAUACCAAAGAAGACACAAAAAUCUAAGAACCAAGUAAACACUAUAACUCACUAACAAAUUCAAAGUGCGUCCUAUUCUCCCUUACUGUAGUACAUAGUGUGGUCUGUAUGCUAUGCACCAGUUUGGCUUUGUCUUUGCUGUUAUUGAACACUCUUUUCUUUCGCCCCAUAGUUCAUAGAUCACAGUUGCAAAGCUCGCCUUGGAGCUUUAGUUUUGCUAGCUCUUUGCACCCACCCCUUGGAGCUUUAGUUGAUGGUGGUUUUGGUAACAGGUAGAAGCGACCUUAGUAGACAAAACGUCCAGAAGUUUGUUCAGCUAACAAUUUCUUACAGUUAUCGCGCACUAUGACUGGGCAUGAACAAUGACUACCGGAAUUCUGUGCAAUGAUAGUUCACUUUCACUAGGAAUGCUGAGAAGUAGUGUUACAAAUAUUAUUCGUGGAAGAGUAGCAUUUUUUCAUGGAUGUUGAUUUUUGGUGCUUCCUCAGUGGCAAAAGAGUUUGAUGUUAGUGUGCUUUUUGUAAGUUGCAAUAUCUUUGUUCUGAUCCUUAUUUUCACAUUAUUGAGAUUCGUUACCACAUAAGCCUGUGAAAGUGGUGAUUCGUGAUUAUGCUAUUGCUCGUCUAACUACACAUUAAAGUGCAUAUGUUUUAAACCGUAUUUUCAGUGGAAGGCAUGGUCAACCA